AAGAGGAAGCACAGAAAGUAUGCAUUUAAAAAUUGUGUUGUUAUCUGUUUUAGAUGUUUGCGCUGAUUAAUAGCAUCUUUUUAACAAACAAAUAAAAGUUAAUAGUUUUUGUUAAUGUGUACUGAAUUCUGUUGAGAAAAAUGGAUAAAAUAUCGCAUAUUAAAAGAGAUGAGAUUCGAUUUAAGCACGAUCUAGAAGUGAAUAAAAUGACUUCACGGGAGUUUUAUCAAGACCCAAGAGCUCGUGUAGAUUAUCAACAGUAUAUCCUAAGAGAUACUGAAUAUUUUAAUCUUUUCAAGCUAGCUAUUCUUUAUAACAAACACCUGUUUGUAAAUCGCACAGUACUAAAUUUGAACUGUGAAUUAGGUUUACUGGCAUUGUUCGCUGCAAAAGCCGGUGCGAAAACUGUUUAUGCCAUUGACGAUUCUAAAGUAGUGGAUUACACCCGUCAAGUUGUUGCGAGCAAUGGCUUUGAGCAUAUAAUAAAUGUAAUAGAAGGUAACAUACGAACGAUUAAGUUGCCUACAAAAGUGGAUAUAAUAAUUGCCGACUGGUUGGGUUAUACGCUUUUGUUUGAGUCAACUUGUGCUGAUGUUAUAUAUGCUCGCGAUCACUGGCUGAAAGAUUCUGGAAUUAUUUUCCCUGAUAUUGCCAGAAUGUUUUUGCUAUUAGGACAAAAUACUGAAAAUAGAAAUGCUUAUACUGAAUGGUGGCAUAAUGUACAUGGUUUUAAUAUGAAAGCACUACGACAAUCUGUGACAAAAACACCCAAGUUUCAAUAUGUGGGAAAAGAAAAUCUUCUUACUGAUCGUUAUGAGAUAUACGACCUAGAUAUGAACACUGCUACGAUAGCUGACUUAAAAGUUCGUUCGCAAUUUAUAUUUAAUAUAAAGAGAAGUUGUACAAUUGAUGUCGCUAUAACAUAUUUUGAAGCAAAGUUCUCAAAAUCGCACAUACCAGUAUAUAUACGCACAAAUCCUUCUUGUAAGAGAUCGACCCGAUUUAAGCAAGGUAUUUUUUACUUCAAUAAACCGGUGAAUGUUGAAGCGUCUAGUCUACUUUAUGGCGGUAUCGAAAUGUGCCCUGCACAGUUUAAUACAGACUUUAAAUGUAUCGAUAUCAAUUUUGAACUGUACGCGGGUAAUCCAGGAAAUUCUAAUUUACUGACUGAAAUGCAUUGGAGACUGCCCUCAUAUUUUGUUGAACGUAAAACAAAACCAAGGAUAAAUGUUGUGAAUAACAAGCAGACAAUAGUAGAAAAAGUUGAAAUCGUCGAUCAACUUGUGAAAGAUGAAAAAGAUGAGAAUAAAGAUAUUAAUGGCAAUAAAACUGAAGAGCACGUAAAAAAAGUCAAUGAAGAUGCGAAAUGUAAUAAAGAUGUUGAAGAUUUUAACAAGCACUCCAAGACUAAAAAAAACCGCAAGAAGAAGUAUAAAAAAAUUAUUUAGAACUUGUUCGACCAUAACAAUAUCAUUUCAUACAUAUUUGUGUUAUAGUAAUUAAAAAA